AAAAAAUAAUUAAAUAGAAAUUAUUAAAGACUUUCAUAGAAUAAGAAAAAAAAAAACAAAGAGCAUAUUUAAAUUUAAAACAGACUAAAGGAUAAUUAGAAAAUGAUUUCCGGCUAUGGUGCGGUGACACAAGCUUUUCUUGGCACCCUUUUAACAUGGGGUCUUACAGCAUUAGGUGCAGGAAUGGUAGUAUUUUUACGAGGCAGUCAGAGAAAAUCACUUGAUGCUUCAUUAGGUUUUGCAGCUGGUGUAAUGAUAGCUGCAUCAUUUUGGUCUUUAUUAGCACCAGCAAUUGAAUUAGCUGAAACAUCUGGUUUAUAUGGUGAAAAAGGCCGUUAUGCAUUUGUACCAGUUGCAGCUGGAUUUUUAUUAGGUUCAAUUUUUGUAUUUGGUUGCGAUAGAUUAAUAUCAUAUUUAGGAUUACAUAGUUCACAAAUGAUGAUAGCUUUAUCACAGAAUAACAGGGAUAAAGCUUUGGACAAUUUGGAAAGUAAUAUACAGAGUUGUGAUCAUGAAAUUAUUGCCACAACCCAAGGUAUGGACAGUUUCUCAGACUGUUUAAAUACACAACAUGGACGAUCACGAAGAAGAAAGAAAUGUACACCAGAUAGAGAUACGGUAUCAUAUUCAGAACAACAAAAAUUAGAUAUAGAUAUUGCAGUUUCCCAAUGGAAAAGAAUAAUGCUAUUAGUUAUUGCCAUUACAGUACAUAAUAUUCCUGAAGGAUUAGCAGUUGGAGUGAGUUUUGGGGCAAUUGGUACAACUGAAUCUGCAACAUUUGAAACUGCUAGAAAUCUCGCAAUCGGUAUUGGUAUACAAAAUUUUCCAGAAGGUUUAGCUGUUAGUUUACCAUUACAUGCAGCUGGAUUUAGUUUACCGCGUAGCUUUUGGUAUGGUCAAUUAUCUGGUAUGGUUGAACCAAUUUUUGGUGUAUUAGGUGCUGUUGCAGUGACUAUUUCUUCCAUGAUAUUGCCUUAUGCAUUAGCAUUUGCAGCUGGCGCUAUGAUUUAUAUUGUUGCAGAUGAUAUAUUACCAGAAGCUCAUGCUAGUGGGAACGGUUUAAUAGCUACGUGGGGUACUAUAAUGGGAUUUGUUGUUAUGAUGUGCCUUGAUGUUGCCCUAGGAUAAAAAAAAUAAUGAAGCAAUUUUUAAUUUCUUGUAGUAAAUAGAAUAUUUGUAUUCCUAUGUAUAUCUAUGUAUAAGUAGAUAAUAUUAUACAUAUAUGUAGAAUGUAUUUUGUGUUUACAAAAGGACGAUUUUCAAUUUUUGAAAAUAUUUCUUAUCAUAUUUUGUAUAAUUGUUCAUAUUAAUUCCUGGCAAAAAAAAAUUUAGAAUUAAAUGGAAAAAUUUGGAGCGAUUUAAUUUAGGAUUUAAAAUAUUAAAUAAAAUUCCUUAAUAACCUUUGAAGGCUGAAAUUCAUCAAAACAAAACAAAGAAAAAUGUUAAAUUUUAAUUGAAUUUUACUUAAGUGAUUUAUUUAAUUUUUGUAAAAAAAUUAAAGCUAUUAAUAGUAUAAAUGUAAAAAGAUUUCUUUUAUAAUGUUCUUAAUAAAAAAAAAACUAGUUUUAAUUA